CUCUAGCAGUCACAGAUGUUUCCCUGGCUCACUCUGUGCUGGAUCUGGGACAUACAUCAUUUCCCCCCGAAACUUUUCAAUACUUGGCCACUUUUAAGUUGCAGAUUUCAGGAGCUGCCCCAUAACCACCGAGCAGGCACGGCCAUCAGGCCCAUCGCCCUGAGAGCCGUGACCUCCAUCGCGCGCGCCCUGCCCGGAUUCCCCAUCUUGGCCACGGGAGGGAUCGACUCCGCCGAGAGCGGCCUUCAGUUCCUCCACAGCGGAGCUUCUGUCCUGCAGGUGUGCAGCGCCGUCCAGAACCAGGACUUCACGGUGAUCGAGGACUACUGCACGGGCCUGCGCGCCCUGCUCUACCUGCGGGCCAUCGAGGAGCUGCAGGACUGGGACGGGCAGAGCCCAGCCACCCCGCGCCACCAGAAGGGGAAGCCGGUCCCUCGCAUCGCUGAACUCGUGGGAAAGAAACUGCCAAGCUUUGGGCCUUACCUGGAGCAACGCAAGAAGAUCAUAGCGGAGAGCAAGCUGAAGCCGAAAGGAGAGGACGAAGCUUGUCAGCCCCUCCAGAGACAGCGCUUCGCGCCCACAAAGCCCGUUCCCGCCAUCAAGGAUGUCAUCGGGAGGACCCUGCAGUACCUGGGCACCUUCGGCGACCUGAGCAUCGAGGAGCAGGUGGUGGCCCUGAUCGACGAGGACAUGUGCAUCAACUGCGGCAAGUGCUACAUGACCUGCAACGACUCCGGCUACCAGGCCAUCCAGUUUGACCCCGAGACCCACCUGCCCAGCGUGGGGGACGCCUGCACAGGCUGUACCCUGUGCCUCAGCGUCUGCCCCAUUGUCGACUGCAUCCGCAUGGUUGCCAGGACAACCCCUUACGUGCCAAAGCGAGGCCUGCCCCUGGCCGUGUAGCCCGUGUGCUAAGGUGAUUGCGGGGCCAUCUGUGGCCUCCGAGGCCACCCCGCCUGCUGAUCUCUCUGUGCGGUGGUUCGGUCCAGCCCUUUCAACAGGAAAACAGAUAUAUAAUUUCUAGAUAAGCAUUGCAUCUCUGAAUCAAUUUCUAAAUUAUAUAUUAUAUAUAUAUAUAUUUAAAAAAAAAAAGCCUGCUACCAGGCACCAUUUGAUGAAUGAUACUAACCGAGUAAUUCUCCUCUGAGGACAGUUGCUAAAUCACAGGGUAGCGGUCAAUUGGGUGGUCACCCCACAGCCAUUCAUGGUGCAAAAUAUUUGUGUUUGGUGGCAAUGUUGCGACCGUUUCCAAACUGCCCUGGGCUGUGCUUCGUGACUGCUAAUUGUGGGUGAAAUUAAGGAUUUUAGGACAAAGUAUGAUUUAACACAUAAGUUUCCAAGGAAACAUUUUAUAAUUAAAAAAUUGCACUUAAUUUUAACACUGUAUCUAAGCACACAUAAUUAGCUCCAGAAAGCACAGAUGAAGAAAGUCAAAUAAAUUCUUUACCGUGGCAGGAAAACACCGCGAAAGGCGGUUUGCACAACUGUGCAAAGGCCCCCCUUGCGGGAAUCGCUCCCGUGGGGUCUCAGCCGGAAGGCGGGAGGAUUUUAACAGUUCACGCCACUCCGCUCUUCGCUGCUCAGGCCUGAGACAGUCAGUGAAUCCACGGGACUUUCUUGUUUAAAUACUUAAACUACGUUCCCAGCAAAAUACAGUGUUGGGGUGGCGCUCUGGCGACACCCGCUCCGCCCAGUGUCAUGAUCGCCUUCCUUAGAACACUUAGCGUUGCCUGCACCCAGCUGACAGGGCGGCGGUCCUGGGCUCGGUGUCAGGAGGGAGGAGCGGGGAGGAGCGGGGGUUCUAUUUCUCUGUUCAGGGAGCAGCUGCUCAUCAGUGUUCAUAUUGAAUCUCAGAAGUCAUGGAAUCAAAGAAAGAGAUCUAUUUUUCUGGUAUUGCCAAGCCGUAUUUUUGCAUUUCUCUAUUUUUGCAUCUAUUUUCAUAAUCAGCCAGCAGCAGCGUAGGACGCGUGGAUCUGAGUUGCAGCCUGUUUCAUAGGAUUCGUACGUAGGAAGUCUCUAGGAAGGACACGUGGCGCGUUUCUGUGACAAACGCGAGGUCUCGAAAAAUACGAUGUUGGAUGCUGCGCGUUCUAGGAACGAGCAUGUGGCACAGAUCUAUGUGAUCGCAAACUAUCCAAUAAAAUGUCAUCAAGCCUCUAUA